AUGGUUGCCCAGCCUCUCACACCACAAGCCGAAGAUUUCAAGUUUAUAUCAGUCAAAGGUCCUUGCAGCAAACAGGGCCGGGGUGUGACUCGCUUGGCCAAAUCCCAUGCGGUCAAGCGAGCCCUCAAGGCGAAACGGCUGCUCGAACAAAAGUCAAACCACAAUUUUCGAGUGGCAGUUUUGGGGGAAGAGCGUAAUGCGCUGAAUAAUGAAUCCCGUCUUAUAGAUCCACCAGUAUUACACAAGUCUUUGUCUCCGAGCGAGAUCGAUCCGUUUGGCAUGCUUCCCGUGGAUACCUCGCGGCUACAGAUCCUACUAGGCCACAGCAGAGCCAGGAUAGCCCCUGAGCCAGUCUUCAGUACUACAGAGGAGCUCUCAUUCCAAAAUUUCUAUGCCGUCUUCCGUACGGGCUUAACUGACCCUGCACUUUCAAACGCGGUCAUGCUUUCUCUGCUAUUUGCAGUGACAGAGGGAAAUUUGGACGUCGAAUGCCUGAAAUACAAGGGCUGUGCUAUUGGUAGUAUCCGAGACAAAGUUGCCUGCAUCAAAGGCGCCGUAUCAGAGUCUACAAUUGGGGCUAUUCUUCUAUUGGCGGGUGUAGAGGCUCAGUUAGGAAUGACCUCCCAGGUCCAACUUCACAUGUCAGCAGUAAGACAGCUACUCGAUAUCUCUCGUAGUGAUGGUGUUUACCUAACGGGUGGCAUCAAGCGUGCAAUAUUCUGGUAA